AUGGCUCCUGCCAUGCAGCCGGCUGAGAUCCAGUUUGCCCAGCGGCUGGCGUCGAAUGAAAAGGGGAUCCGGGACCGGGCCGUGAAAAAGCUGCGCCAAUACAUCAGCGUGAAGACGCAGAGAGAGACAGGAGGCUUUAGCCAAGAAGAACUUUUGAAAAUUUGGAAAGGACUCUUUUACUGCAUGUGGGUACAAGAUGAACCUCUCCUACAGGAGGAACUAGCAAACACUAUAUCCCAGCUCGUCCAUGUUGUUAACAACUCAGAGGCGCAACACCUGUUCAUUCAGACCUUUUGGCAAACCAUGAAUCGAGAAUGGAAAGGGAUUGACAAGCUACAUCUGAACAAGUACUACACGUUGAUCCGUCUGGUCCUAAGGCAGUCCUUUGAAGUGCUGAAGCAAAAUGCCUGGGAAGAAAGCCAAAUCAAGCUUUUGCUAGACAUCUUAAUGAAGGAGAUUUUGCAUCCUGAGAGCCAGUCUCCAAAUGAAGUGAAGUUCCACUUUGUUGAUAUUUACCUGGAUGAACUAACCAAGGUGGGAGGGAAAGAGCUUCUGGCCCAUCAAAAUAUCAAGUUUAUUGACCCAUUCUGCAAAAUUGUUGCCGAGACUAAGGAUUCUCAAUCCUGCCAAUAUUGGCUCUCCCUCAACAAGAUCCCAUCUCACAUCGGGUCUCCAGCCCUAGGCAAACAUCACUCAAGAAAAGAUAGCAUCACUGAUGCCGGUGAGAAAAACAGCUGUGGCACCUGUGAAGACCCUGGGUCGCUGCUGCAGUUUGACCAUAAAGCUGUUGCUAAUCAACUGCUGGAAAUAACCAACAGGAAAAAUAUCCCUCCCUUCAACCAGAAAUGUCUCUCUAAACUAAUCAAAAAGUUCCAAGACUUUUCUGAAGCAGGCACUUUAUCCCGGUUCGAUUUUGAUGAGAACAUUUCUGCUGGUGAAGAUGAGCAACCCAACAGUCAAGGACAGAAUAAGAAAAAGGGGAAUAAGCCUUCAGUGCAAACCCAUUUGGGAAAGGAGAAAGGAAACAAAUCUUUACAUGUAGAGGAAGAAGAGAGUGGAGGCAGUACUCAGAAGAGGAAAAGGAAAAAGAAAAAGAAGAAUCAUCUCCAGCCUGAAAAUUUGAGCUCAGGGGACAAAGCCAUGUCCUCCAACCAGAACGAAAGCAAUGAACCAGAGGGAAAGAAGAGGAAAGCCCAGAAGGUUCUAAGUGUGGCUGAGACAGAGGCGGAAGCUUCCAGCACCAUGAAGCAGGGUGGCUUGGUGCAUGCGCCAACCAUGCUGACAUACAACAAAAAGAAACGGCCCAAGAAGAAGAUUCUAAGGGUCCGGCAGAAGGGUAAUGGUGAAGCAUUCAGCCCUUUGAAGAAGAAGCAGAAGGUGAAGGCAGAAAAUGAUUUUGUGAAGUUUGACACCCCCUUCACACCAAAGCCUUUGUUUUUCAGAAAAGCUAGAAGCACUGGCUCCAUCUCCUUUAAGAGCCCCACUGUCCAGUUAAAUAAGAUCCCAUCCAGCUCCAAGAAGGUUACCUUUGGGCUGAACAGAAACAUGACAGCAGAAUUCAGGAAAACAGACAAGAGUAUCCUAGUAAGUCCCACAGGCCCAUUCCGAGUAGCCUUCAACCCUGAGCUGCGGCCCCUCCAUGGUGUCCUGAAGACACCCACAAGCUCUCCCUGCAGCACUCCUGUGGCGCCCAAGAAAGUGAUGUCCACCCCUCCUCCAAAGAGAAGACCAACUGCCAUGGAUUUCUUCUGA